GUUGAAGUUUAUCACAAUAACAGCUGGGGAACAGUCUGUGAUGAUGGCUGGGACUUAAAUGAUGCUGAGGUGGUUUGCAGACAGUUAAACUGUGGGUCAGCACUGGAAGUUCCUCAGUCAGCUCACUUUGGUGCAGGAACUGGACAGAUUUGGCUUGAUCAUGUGACCUGUUCAGGAAGUGAAAGUUCUCUAACUGAGUGUCAACACAGUGGAUUUGGAUCAAACACAUGUGAACAUGGUCAGGAUGCUGCUGUCAUCUGUUCAGAUCUGAUUAGAUUAGCUGGUUCUGGAUCAUCUCGAUGUUCUGGCAGAGUUGAAGUUUAUCACAAUAAUGUCUGGGGAACAGUCUCUGAUUAUAACUGGAACUUAAAUGAUGCUGAGGUGGUUUGCAGACAGUUAAACUGUGGGUCGGCAGUGGAAGCUACUCCAUCAUCUAAAUUUGGUGCAGGAACUGGACAGGUUUGGCUCAGUGAUGUGACCUGUUCAGGAAAUGAAAGUUCUCUAACUGAAUGUCAACACACUGGAUGGGGAAACUAUUAUAACUUCAACUACUAUGGACAUUAUUAUGAUGUUGGUGUCAUCUGUUCAGGUGUGAUCAGAUUAACUGGAUCUGGAUCGACUCAAUGUUCUGGCAGGGUUGAAGUUUAUCACAGUAACAGCUGGGGAACAGUCUGUGAUGUUGGCUGGGACUUAAAUGAUGCUGAGGUGGUCUGCAGGCAGUUAAACUGUGGGUCGGCACUGGAAGUUCCUCAAUCAGCUCACUUUGGUGCAGGAAUUGGACAGAUUUGGCUUGAUCAUGUGACCUGUUCAGGAAGUGAAAGUUCUCUAACUGAGUGUCAACACAGUGAAUUUGGAUCAAACACAUGUGAACAUGGUCAGGAUGCUGCUGUCAUCUGUUCAGAUCUAAUCAGGUUAGCUGGAUCUGGAUCGAGCCGAUGCUCUGGCAGAGUUGAAAUAUUUCACAAUAACGUCUGGGGAACAGUCUCUGAUUAUAAAUGGGACUUAAAUGAUGCUGAGGUUGUUUGCAGACAGAUAAACUGUGGGUCUGCACUACAAGCUCCUCGAUCAGCUUACUUUGGUGCAGGAACUGGACAGAUUUGGCUCAGUGGUGUGAGCUGUUCAGGAAAUGAAAGUUCUCUAACUGAAUGUCAAAACUCUGGAUGGGGAAACUACUACUACUACUACUACAAUGGACAUUAUUCUGAUGCUGGUGUCAUCUGUUCAGGUCCAAUCAGAUUAACUGGAUCUGGAUCAAGUCAGUGUUCUGGCAGAGUUGAAGUUUAUCACAAUAACAGCUGGGGAACAGUCUGUGAUGAUGGCUGGGACUUAAAUGAUGCUGAGGUGGUUUGCAGACAGUUAAACUGUGGGUCUGCACUGGAAGUCCCUCAAUCAGCUGACUUUGGUACAGGACCUGGACAGAUUUGGCUUGAUAAUGUGACCUGUUCAGGAAAUGAGAGUUCUCUAACUGAGUGUCAACAUCGAUGUUCUGGCAGAGUUGAAGUUUAUCACAAUAACAGCUGGGGAACAGUCUGUGAUGAUAGCUGGGACUUAAAUGAUGCUGAGGUGGUUUGCAGACAGCUAAACUGUGGGUCUGCACUGGAAGUUCCUCCAUCAGCUCACUUUGGUGCAGGAACUGGUCAGAUUUGGCUUGAUAAUGUGACCUGUUCAGGAAAUGAAAGUUCUCUAGCUGAGUGUCAACACAGUGGAUUUGGAUCAAACAGAUGUGAACAUGGUCAGGAUGCUGCUGUCAUCUGUUCAGAUCUGAUUAGAUUAGCUGGUUCUGGAUCAUCUCGAUGCUCUGGCAGAGUUGAAGUUUAUCAUGAUAAUAUGUGGGGAACAGUCUCUGAUUCCAACUGGAACUUAAAUGAAGCUGAGGUGGUUUGCAAACAGAUAAACUGUGGGUCUGCACUAGAAGCUACUCUAUCAUCUAAAUUUGGUGCAGGAACUGGACAGGUCUGGCUCAGUGGUGUGACCUGUUCAGGAAAUGAAAGUUCUCUAACUGAAUGUCAACACACUGGAUGGGGAAACUACUACUACUACUACAGUUUACAUUCUUAUGAUGUUGGUGUUAUGUGUUCAGGUGUGAUCAGAUUAACUGGAUCUGGAUCAACUCGAUGUUCUGGCAGAGUUGAAGUUUAUCACAGUAACAGCUGGGGAACAGUCUGUGAUGAUGGCUGGGACUUAAAUGAUGCUGAGGUGGUUUGCAGACAG